CCCCCCCCACCCCACACCUCCACCACCUCGCCACUAACACCAAGGCGGGCGGAGUAAUAUUGUUAGUGUUUACGGUGUGAUUUGUUGUCGCACGCGUUCUCGGUACACAACCUCGCGUGCACGGGUUCGUUAUCUCAUAGGCUACUAGCAAAUCGGUAUCCUCCGCGUGCGCCUGUAAGCUGCUGUAGAGCCAUUCUGGGCAACAAUGGACAGGAAGUGAAGCUUGCCGCUUUUGGAACAAUCUAAAGCCACUAGUGAAAGUACGUCCGAACUACUGUGAGCUGAAUUCUGAUUGGAGGAAUGGAGUGCCAGGCAGCCCUGCACCAGUGAUCGGCCAGGAGACUCCAGUGGUGACAUCCUGUGGAGCCAGAGAUCAAAGGCGAGGAGGCUGUUUUACCACCGCUGGAACUGAAGAUUGCUUUAAAUAAGCAAGUCCUUGUAGAAGGUUUUUAAGUCAUGAUGCAAGAAUCUGGGACGGAGGCGACAAGCAACGGACCAGCCAAUCAAAAUGGAGGUGCAAGUGUGGAGGGCGGGUCCAGGGAAGGACGACCCAACAGCGCCACGCCAUCAGUGGAGGUGACUGCAGCUGACCUCCUGCAUCUCCAGCAGCACCAGGCUCUCCAAGUGGCUCGGCAGAUACUCCUCCAGCAGCAGCAACAGCAACAACAGCAGCAGCAGCAGCAGCAACAGCAACAACCCCAGUCACAGCAACUGCAGUCUCAACAAAACACUGGCCGCAAAUCCCCCAAAGCCAACGACAAGCACCAAAGCCUACAGGUUCCAGUGUCAGUGGCUAUGAUGACACCCCAAGUGAUAACUCCACAGCAGAUGCAGCAGAUCCUUCAGCAGCAAGUCCUGAGCCCUCAGCAGCUCCAGGUUCUUCUCCAGCAGCAGCAGGCCCUCAUGUUGCAACAGCAGCAACUCCAAGAGUUCUACAAGAAGCAGCAGGAACAGCUCCACCUCCAGCUCCUACAGCAGCAGCAGCAGCAGCAGCAGCAGCAGCAACAGCAGCAGCAUGCAGGCAGCAAGCAGAGUAAAGAGCAGCAGGUGUCAGCACAGCAGUUGGCCUUCCAGCAGCAGCUCCUGCAGGUCCAGCAGGUCCAGCAGCAGCAUCUGCUCAACCUCCAGAGGCAAGGGCUGCUCACCAUCCAGCCUGGACAGACGGGCCUGCCGCUGCACUCCCUCACUCAGGGCAUGAUUCCAGCAGAGCUGCAGCAACUGUGGAAGGAAGUGACAAAUGCUAACGUGAAGGAGGAGCACAACAACAGCAGCAACAAUGGCCACCGGGGCCUUGACCUGUCCUCCCCGGCACCGCCAAAGAACACACUCCUCAACCAGCAUGCCUCCACCAACGGGCAGUACAUGAGUCACAAGAGAGAAGUAUCCACGCUAGAAGAGCCUUCCCCCCACAGUCACCCUCUCUAUGGUCAUGGUGUUUGCAAGUGGCCUGGAUGUGAAGCGGUCUUUGAUGAUUUCCAGUCAUUCCUCAAGCAUCUUAACAAUGAGCAUGCCCUUGAUGACAGGAGCACGGCCCAGUGUCGGGUGCAAAUGCAGGUCGUACAACAGCUGGAGCUGCAGCUAGCAAAAGAUAAAGAGCGUCUGCAAGCUAUGAUGACGCACCUUCAUGUCAAGUCCACGGAGCCCAAAGCCACCCCACAGCCGCUCAACUUGGUGUCCAACAUCACAUUGUCCAAGUCGGCCCCUGAGGCCUCUCCUCCUCUGAGCCUGCCCCAGACCCCCACCACACCCACAGCACCACUCACACCCCUCUCCCAGACUCACUCCGUCAUCACAGCCAACAGCCUCCACAGCGUGGGCCCCAUGCGACGGCGCUACUCAGAAAAGUACAACAUGCCCAUCUCUCCAGAUAUCAGUCAGAACAAAGAGUUUUACAUGAAUGCAGAUGUUAGACCGCCGUUCACGUACGCCUCACUAAUAAGACAGGCAAUCCUUGAAUCUCCAGAAAAGCAGCUAACACUAAACGAAAUCUACAACUGGUUCACACGAAUGUUUGCAUAUUUUAGGCGCAACGCAGCGACGUGGAAGAAUGCAGUCCGGCAUAAUCUUAGUCUUCACAAGUGUUUUGUGCGAGUAGAAAACGUAAAAGGGGCUGUGUGGACAGUCGACGAACUAGAGUUCCAAAAGAGACGGCCUCAAAAGAUCAGUGGAAGUCCAGCCUUAGUGAAGAACAUUCAGACCAGCUUGGGCUAUGGUCCGACCCUCUCUGCUGCCUUCCAGGCUUCAAUGGCAGAAAACAACAUACCUCUAUACACUACUGCUUCUAUUGGAAGUCCCACCCUCAACUCCCUGGCCAACGCCAUCCGCGAGGAGAUGAAUGGAGCGAUGGACCAUGGAAACAGCAACGGCAGUGACAGCAGCCCGGGACGCUCGCCUCUGCCAGCUAUGCAUCACAUCAGCGUUAAGGAGGAACCACUGGACCCCGAUGACCACGAAGGGCCCCUCUCCCUGGUAACGACUGCCAAUCACAGUCCGGAUUUCGAUCACCACAGAGAUUACGACGACGACCAGGGCCAUGAUGACAUGCUGUAAGGCUAGCGCCGCCCUCCUGGCCUCAGAGGCAGAGGCAGUCUUGGUCAUCUGGGAGACAGAAACGCUCCGCAGAUAACAAACACUGAACUGCAGUCUCAGCCACUGAUGACAGCUCUCAAAUGUCUCCAAGUAACUUUUUAGUGCCAUUACAAAACAUAGCAAGAACACACAGAAUACGCCCCGCAUGAGGGUUCCUUUUUUUUCUCGAUUACUUUCUACUUUUGAUUUAAGUAAAGCUUAAAAACAAACUUUAUUUCUACUCAUGUGUCGGAUGGACUUGUUUGGUACGCGGCGACGUGUUCGUGGUCAGAGGUUGGGAGGCCAGAACGGGCGGGGACCCUCGCCGUGCGGCCAGGACGGACUGCACGCAGCGGACUGCAGAGGGGUCGUGUCUCUCCCCCUCCCCCCUCCUCUCUCUCUCUCCCUCCCUCCCUGAAGACACACACAUCUGACCACAAACUCAAGA